UAUCGGCUGUGGCACCGGUCAAUUUUCUGUGGAAAGGUGGACGCGCAGCAGAGGGCUCGUCAUGGCACCACUUGGACUAAAAGCCAUUGUUGGAGACAAGAUAAUGAAUGAUGUCAUCAAGAAAGCAAGAGAAAAAGGAAAAUGGAAGGUACUGGUGGUGGACAAGCUGAGUAUGAGGAUGGUUUCCUCCUGCUGUAAGAUGACAGACAUCAUGUCAGAGGGAAUCACCAUUGUAGAAGACAUAACCAAGCGGCGUGAGCCCCUGCCCAGCAUGGAGGCCAUCUACCUGAUCACACCCUCAGAUGAGUCUGUUGAGGGUCUGAUUGACGACUUCAGAGACCCACAGUCUCCGAGGUACCGAGCAGCUCACGUCUUCUUCACCGACACAAUCCCAGACUCGUUGUUUGGACUGCUGACCAAAUCGCGCGCCUCCAAAGCCAUGAAGGCCUUGACCGAGAUCCACAUCGCCUUUCUGCCCUAUGAAUCUCAGGUCUUCUCCCUGGAUAAAGUGGAUGCCUUUCAGGACUUCUACAGCCCCUUCAAGGCUGACGUGAAGAACAACAUGCUGGAGCGUUGUGCUGAGCAGCUCGCCACCCUCUGUGCCACUCUCAAAGAGUAUCCUGGAGUCCGAUACAGAGGGGAGUACAAAGACUGUGCAGUUCUGGCACAGAUGCUUCAGGAGAAGUUGGACGGUUACAAGGCUGAUGACCCCACCAUGGGAGAGGGUCCAGACAAGUGUCGUACCCAGCUGCUCAUUCUGGAUCGCGGCUUUGAUCCUGUGUCGCCUCUCCUGCAUGAGCUCACAUUGCAGGCUAUGGCCUAUGACCUGCUGGGUGUCGAGAAUGACGUCUACAGGUUUGAGACCAGUGGGAUGGGAGAGACAAGAAUGAAGGAGGUAGUGCUGGAUGAGGAUGACGACCUGUGGCUGACUCUGAGACACAAACACAUUGCCGAGGUGUCAACGGCCGUGACUCGUUCUCUGAAAGAAUUCUCUUCCAGCAAAAAGAUGAACACUGGAGAAAAGACCACCAUGAAGGAACUGGCUCAAAUGCUGAAGAAGAUGCCUCAGUAUCAGAAAGAGCUCAGCAAGUAUUCAACCCAUCUCCACCUGGCUGAGGACUGUAUGAACCGCUACCAAGGCACUGUGGACAAACUCUGUCGUGUAGAACAAGAUCUGGCCAUGGGCAUAGACGCAGAGGGAGAGAAGAUCAAGGAUCCCAUGAGGCUCAUUGUUCCUAUUCUGCUGGAUGCCAAUGUCAGCGUGUCUGACAAGAUCCGCAUCAUCCUGCUCUACAUCUUCCUGAAGAACGGUGUGACUGAGGAGAACCUGUGUAAGCUCCUUCAGCAUGCUAACAUCCCACCAGAGGACAGUGACAUCAUUUCCAACAUGGCCCACUUGGGCGUUCCCAUUGUCUCCGAGGGCGCCCCGAAGAAAGCCAAGAAGCCCGAUCGUAAGGAGCGAGUCAGUGAGCAGACCUACCAGCUCUCCAGGUGGACUCCUCUCAUAAAGGAUCUCAUCGAGGAUGCCAUCGAGGACAAACUUGAUCCUAAGCAGUACCCGUACAUUUCCCAGCGACAAGUAUCUGCCAAAGCCAGCGCUCCAUCAAGUGCUCGCUAUGGUAACUGGCACAAGAACAGGGGUCCCACAGAGAUGAAGACAGGGCCGAGGAUCAUCGUCUUUAUUAUUGGAGGGAUGAUGUACAGCGAGAUGCGCUGCGUGUAUGAGGUCACCCAGGCCAAUGGCAAGUGGGAGGCCCUGAUCGGUUCCACUCACAUUCUCACCCCGCCUAAGUACCUAAAGGAACUCCAGCACCCCGACUUCUUGGACCCCAACGCUGCACCAGAGGAGACAGAGGAGCCGCCUGCACAAUGAAAACACAUUUGGAAGAUCAACUGAAAUCUUCACCCCUUCUCGCCUUCUAAAAGCCCUCAAAGACUUGGAGAAAGAUGAGCAGACCAGUUAAGAAGCUCCUGUAACUCCUCUUCAGCCCUCAUCCAGCAGUAACAGCAAACUGACUGCUCCUCCUCCUCCUCACCCCCCCUCCUCGCCCAGACACAACACAUUAAAUAUACAUCUGAUCUUGUAUAUGACUCAGUUGCUGUUAACUCAUAAACCAAACUGUGUUUUAAAUCACAUCACCAUGUGUUGAAUGACAUGACUGUGUUGAUGCUGAUCAAAGUUUUUUGGAGGAGAUUUGGAUUUGUGUUGAACGUUGUAUAAUGUAUAUUGUGGGAUGUUUAUUUCAUUGGAAAGGUAACGUGUGGGAAUUAGUUUAGUUGACUGGAAGCGAUUCAGGGAUUAUGGGCUAUAAAUGAAAGCUGGUUAAAGAUUACACUGGGACAAUUAAUCACUGCUUUACAGUUGUAAGAACAACACGGUCUUUCUCAUUGAACUCUUGUGGAUUUGACACAUUGUCUGUGUAUUCACGUCUAUUGUAUUAUACACAACCUUCUUCUUCUUUUAUUUUGUCGAGCCAUGCUAGUUUGUAUGUAGUGCUUUCCAUACAUUGCAACCAUGCUAUAUUGUACAAAUCAUCAGAUUUACAAUGAUGUGUUUGACCUUGGAAAUGCCAACCUAAAGCCACUCUGAUGCUAUAUUUAGCUGUAGAUCAAGCGUUUUGAAAGAAAAAAAAUACAGUAUAGUUGGAUUGUCUCUUGUGCAUUAUCUCAAUAGUAAUCAGUGUUUUGGCCGUUUCUCCUUUAGAGAUUCAGUUUCCUUUCGGUUCCCUGUGUUGGACCAUAAUGUUGUCAUUGGUUGUUGUUGUACUGUGAUUCUCUUUACCUAGUAAUCCACUGUGUAUGAAGAGAGAUGUCAGUGUUAUGACAAGUCUGUGCUUUCAUGUCCACAUCAGU